UGUUUAAAAAGGCAAUUACUUAAUGAUUAUAUUAACUUUAUCUAUAAUUAAGUUACGAUACUCUAGAAUACUAAGAUAUUUAAAAGAAUAAAUGAAUGUUGUAUUAUAGAAUAUCUUCAAAACAAGUUUUAAUUACGAAUAACCUAUAUUUCCGGCUAAAACUUAGUGUUUGAAAAUGGCUUUGAAUUACUUUCGACAAAUAACAAGAGCAGUGUGCUCAGUGAAGAAUAUAACUAGAAUGCAAGUAUCAAAGGGCUUUAGUACUAGUGAACCAUCCCAUCUCGGCAUGAUUCCAAUUGUAGUUGAACAAACUGGACGAGGUGAAAGGGCAUAUGAUAUCUACUCAAGACUGCUUCGAGAACGCAUAAUCUGCCUUAUGGGACCUAUUAAUGACGAUAUCAGUUCAUUAGUUGUUGCUCAAUUAUUAUUUUUACAGUCAGAAUCUAGUAAAAAGCCUGUACAUUUAUACAUUAAUUCUCCGGGUGGCAAUGUAACAUCCGGCUUAGGUAUUUAUGAUACAAUGCAAUAUAUUACUCCUCCAGUUGCGACAUGGUGCGUUGGUCAAGCGUGUAGUAUGGCAUCUUUAUUAUUGGCGGCAGGGGCACCUGGUAUGCGUCAUGCACUCCCUAACUCGCGUAUUAUGAUUCAUCAACCAUCUGGUGGAGUAAGAGGACAAGCCACAGAUAUACAAAUUCAAGCAGAAGAGAUUUUAAAGCUGAAAGCCCAAAUCAAUGCAUUGUAUGUCAGGCAUACAGGUUUAGCAGCUGAGAAAGUGCAGAAUUCAAUGGAGCGGGAUUACUUUAUGUCACCAUCGGAAGCUAAAGCAUUUGGUUUGAUUGAUAAUGUUUUGGAGCAUCCACCUUCUCAUGCCUUGGAAAAGGAGUGUACUGCAGCUUCACCCACUGGUACCACAAAUUGAUAAGAAAAGGGAAUUUAAUUUAGUCUAUAAUGUUAUGUUUAAUAAAAACAAUUUUGGUUUGAUUGUUUUGUUAAUUUUAGAAUGAUUAAAAUAAUAUUUAUAUUUA